UUGGUUUGAACAAGUACAAAGAUGAUUGAAAAUACAUUUAUACAGAAAGAACUGUUUGAAGGUCUCAAGCCAGUUAGGCUAGCUAGAGUUCACCCUUGAUGUUCUUGGUAAGGAGAGUAAUCUUGUGCUUGAUGACCAUCAACAAGUCCCAAUAAUUUAUUACUCACAUGGCAUAGAGUUGAGAUUCAUGGAGAGCUAUACUUUCCUUGGCUUCUAUUUAACAGUGAACUGUAUCCAUUGAGUGGUCAUCGGUAUUGCUAGGCCAUUCCAGAAGAUCUCUGAGAACAUAACUGAGAUGAUUAACAAGGUGUUCUACCUUGGAUUUUUCUUGUUCCUAAUCUCUCACUACAACAAAGGACAUUGGAGUAACCUCAAGGUGAUUAUUUUCUACUGAGCUCUAGUUCUUAACAAAGUUCUUUAUGCUCUCUUCUUCAUAGUGGUAUUUACUUACGCAACUGUAAAAAGGAAUUACAAGCCAAAACCACACAAAAUUCAGGAUAAGGUUCCUUGGAUGACCCAGAAAAGACUUGGAACCAAGAAGUUAUGGUGCAAAUAUUUGCUUUAGCUCUAACAGAACUCCAUGCAAGCAGGAAAGGAUUGAUGGAUUUUGUGAAUACUCAAUCUUCCCUUGUGAACUCUCUUAUUCCUGAGCAGACAAAUAUGAGUAUCCGAGAGAAACUCUACAUCCUUGGGAUCAACAUGGAGCAUGAUAAGCAGUUAGAAAGUGCUUCAUAAUGACAUUAUCUGAGAUGUUAUAU